AAUUAUACAUUUGCAAUUUAUUCUUUAUUAUUUUCUCAGUUGUGUUGGUGCCUUAUGUACUUAUUUUACUCAUUUGCAGGCACAAUUGGUGUGGAGAAGGGAACAAUUGAGAUUACAAACUGCUUUUGUGUUCCUCACAAUGAAUCAAAAGAAGAGGUUGCUGUGGAACUGGACUUUGCAAAGGACAUGUAUGAGCUCCAUCGUAAGGUUAACCCUAAUGAGGUGAUAGUAGGUUGGUGGGCAACUGGCCAUGAGAUCACUGAUCAUUCUCUGCUCAUUCAUGACUAUUACUCACGUGUCACUAACAAUCCCAUACAUCUCACUGUGGAUACGACACUUCAUGGAGGGAGAAUGAAUAUCAAGGGUUAUGUUAGUGCUAGCAUGGGAGUGCCAGGACACCCAGGAACCAUGUUUGCUCCUAUUCAGUUGAAGUAAUAUCUUAUUCACCUGAGGAUUGUUGGCACUAAUGUAACACAGAAGAGUAAAUACAACAGACAGCGUUUGGUUGAACCCACAACGGAUCUUAAUCAGAUUUCUGAAGCAACUCAAAGCAUGGAGGCUACCCUUGAUAUCCUUAUUUCCUAUGUUGAAGAUGUGCUCAGUACAAAAGUAUCAGCCGAUAACUAUAUUGGACGUGAACUUACUAGAAUGGUUAAUCAAGUUCCCAAGAUGUCGGCACAUGAUUUUUGA